AAAACCCUUUCCACAAUCCACUCAUAAACUACAGUCACGUACAUAUAUUUUCACAUUUCUUCAUCAGUUCAAAUUAAAUAUUCCAAGUUCCAACUCGAGUGUUUUUUUUUUGUCAAGUUUUCCUAGAUUUUCAUAAAGAUGUCAAGCAGUUCAAACUCUGAUAUAAAGAAACAACAAAGUCCAUGGUCAAUCCCAAUGGAGGAUAUUGAUCAAAAAGGUGAUUCAAGUGAUUUGGGCAAUUUUGAAACUUAUCAAAGACAGCAAGAUCCAAACCAAUCAAAAUGGAAAACUUUUAAAGACUCUUUUAAAAGAAAAGAUGAAUUAGGUAUUGAUGAAAUUGUAAAUGAUACUGAAUCACAAUCAAGAUCAAUCAAAGACACAAGUAAAAAAUCAAUCAAGACUCGUCAUGUUGCUCUUAUUGCAAUCGGAGGAGGUAUGGGUACUGGUUUGCUUGUGGGGAAUUCAAAAUCUUUAGCCUUUGGUGGUCCAGGUUCUUUAGCAAUUUCUUAUAUUGUCGUGGGUAUUAUGUUAUUUUUCACUAUGCUUGCAGGUGGUGAAUUAGCUGUUGCUUAUCAAACUGUUACAGGUGGUUAUAAUGCUUAUUGCGCUAAAUUAGUUGACCCUUCGUUAGGUUUUGCAACUUCAUGGAACUAUGCAAUUAAUUGGUUGAUUGUGUUACCUUUAGAAUUGGUGACAGCUUCAAUGACUAUCAAAUUUUGGAAUGAUUCUAUAAAUUCUGAUAUAUUUGUUGCCGUGUUUUUUGUCUUGAUUAUUGUCAUUAAUUUCGUUGGUGCUGAAGGUUACGCUGAAGCUGAAUUUUGGUUUAAUUUGGCUAAAGUGUUGAUGCUUUUCGGAUUCAUCAUCUUGGGUUUAAUCAUUGAUACCGGUAGAGCUGGUAAUGGUGGUUAUGUUGGUGGUAGAAAUUGGGAAUUAAUGUCAUUUGCAAAUGGUUUCAAAGGGUUUUGUGCUACUUUAAUUAAUAGUAUUUUCUCUCUUGGUGGUACUGAAUUUGCUAUUUUAUCAAGUGCUUCUCAAAAAAAUCCAAGAAAAUCAAUUCCAACAGCCAUGAAGGUUAUCUUUUUAAGAAUCUUUGUCUUUUAUUUGGUUUCAAUUAUUGUUGUUGGUUUAUUAGUUCCAUAUAAUUCAGACAAAUUGAUGGGUGCUGGUCAUAGUUCAGCUGCUCCAGUUUCUCCAUAUGUUAUUGCAGUUGAAUCUUAUGGUAUCAAAAUUGUCCCACAUAUUAUUAAUGCAGUUAUUUUACUUGCCGUGCUAUCAGUUGGUAAUUCUGCUUUAUUCUCAUCUGCUCGUACUCUUUAUUCAUUAUCAGAACAAGGCAUGGCUCCACAAUGGUUUAACUAUGUUGAUAGAAGAGAUAGACCUUUAAGAGCAAUGCUAGUCUCAACAACUGUUGGUUGUUUGUGUUUUAUUGCUGCUUAUGAAAACCAAGAGUCCGUUUUCACUUGGUUAUUAUCAUUAUCUGGUUUAUCAAUCUUGUUUACAUGGACCACCAUUUCAAUGAGUCAUGUUAGAUUUAGAUCAGGUAUGAAGGCUCAAGGUUUUAGCUUGAAGGAAUUGGGAUUUGUUUGUUCAACAGGUUCUUGGGGUUCUUAUUUCGCAAUUAUUUUCAAUAUUUUAGCUUUGGCUGCUCAAUUUUGGGUUUCUCUAUUCCCAAUAAAAGGUAAAGGUGCAAGUGCUAUCAAUUUUUUCCAAAAUUACUUGGGCAUGGUUAUCUUUAUUAUUUUCUAUUUUGCUCAUAAGAUUUGGACUAAAAAUUGGAUCUUGUUUAUCAAAGCUGAAGAAAUUGAUUUGGUAAAAGAUAGAACUAUUGCUGAUAUUGAUGUUAUGCAACAAGAAGAAAGAGAAGAGGAAGAACAACAAGAACAAGUUCCAUUCUGGAAAAAAUUCCUAAAGAUGCCUUUCUAAGCCUUUUUGCAUUCUCUUUUGAUAUGAAUUUUUAUUUUUAUUUGACUUUUGCUCCAGAAAAAGAGUGAAAAGGUUUGUAUGUCUAUCGGUGUUUCAUUAUAUUCUUAUUUAUUUCAUCAUAUUAUUUUUUUUGUCAUUAUUAUUAUUUACUGGGAAACGG